AAAUGAUAACCAUUUUUAUCUCGUGUUUACUUUUCAAAGAAAUGCGCGGGAUUUUAUUAGCAGAAAGAUAUCGUGCCGUAAAUCCAUAAAGAAUUUUGCGUUUUGAGUCACUGUGAGUUAAUUCCCAAAUCGGUCUUGACUCUGGUGUUGUUUCAACUACUGGAGCCGAUGGCCUCCGAAGCGGUGUUCCUGAAGGCGGUGGAGAACUUGCCGCCGCAGACGGAUGGCAAGACGCCCCGCGAGUCGGGGGACGCGAGCGGAGCCCGCGACCCGGGACCCCCGCGGCACGAGGAGCACCAGUACCUGGACCACAUCCGGCUCAUCCUGGAGAAGGGCGUGAGGAAACAGGACCGCACCGGGGUCGGCACCUUCUCCCUGUUCGGGGCGCAGAUGAGAUACUCCCUGAGGAAUGGUGUGUUCCCACUGCUGACGACGAAGCGCGUGUUCUGGCGAGCAGUCGUUGAGGAGUUGUUGUGGUUCAUUCGCGGAUCGACCAGCGCCAAGGAACUCCAAGAGAAGGACAUCAGGAUCUGGGACGGGAACAGCUCGAGGCAAUACCUCGACUCUCUAGGGUUAACGGACAGAGCAGAAGGCGACCUGGGCCCGGUGUACGGCUUCCAGUGGCGCCACUACGGCGCGGAGUACAAGGACAUGUUCAGCGACUACGCCGGCCAGGGAGUGGACCAGCUGGCGGAGGUGAUCCGGACGCUGAGGACACGCCCGCACGACCGCCGCAUCAUCAUGUGCUCGUGGAACCCGGUGGACGUGCCCAAGAUGGCGCUGCCGCCGUGCCACUGCCUGGUGCAGUUCUACGUGGCGGGAGACGAGCUGUCGUGCCAGCUGUACCAGCGCUCGGCCGACAUGGGGCUGGGCGUGCCCUUCAACAUCGCCAGCUACGCGCUGCUCACGUGCAUGGUCGCGCACGUCACCGGGCUCAAGCCGGGCGAGUUCAUCCACACCCUGGGAGACAGCCACGUGUACUUGAACCACGUGAGCGCCCUGAAGGAGCAGUUGCAGCGCGCACCGCGCCCCUUCCCCUCGCUGCGCAUCAACACAACCGUGACGCGCAUCGAGGACUUCAAGGCUGACGACUUCGAGAUACUCAACUACAAACCUCACCCCAAGCUCAGCAUGGAGAUGGCGGUGUGAGACAUCGCAGCUCCACACUUGACUCUAAAGAGCAGUGUAAGUGCACACGUGUGUAGAUGAAACCAAUUACAUAUGCCAAACUUAGCAACCAGAAGAAACACAGCACGUAUGUAUAGUGAUCUAGUAAGCUGUCAUAGACUUGGGUAUGUCAUUGCUUUAUUAGAAAGUUUUUAGACUUAAACUACAAAGUUUAAAAUAACUGUUUUAAUUUAAUGUUUUUAUAUGUGCAUAAGGUUAUCAGAUACAAAAGUUGUGUUUUUAGUAAAUUCUAAAUUUACAUUUGGUACGACUUAAAAAGUGUGGUUUUAUAUCAGUUACACUGAUGUUGGAUUGGUUCCGUAUUAUGAUGAAAGUCUCCAAAUUUUUGGGUUAGUUGAAUUCAGUAAUAUAAAUAAUACUACCUUCAUGUCUCGUCAAGCUUGAGUAGUUUCAAAAGUUGUUUUUACUUGCUUGAAUAGUUUCAAAAGUGGUUUGUACUUGCUUGAGAAGUAUCAAAACUUGUAUGUACUUUGAAGUGUAAUAAAAUGAUCAGUAUUAUAAUAGAUUGUACUAAAGUACUGAGAGUCAAAAUAAAUACCGGUUUUUUUUAUCUCAAUCGUUGCACGCGCGUAAUUGUCGCACCAAUAUUUUAGGGCGUCAAAAUUUGGAUGAAAAAACCUCUCGUGUAACGUCGCACAAUGUUUUUGGUCUUGCUAUUAGAUUCUGAGCACUUUGUGUGUAUGUUUUUUUUUCCUCGUAGAAAACUAUGUAUUUUAAAGUAGAAAUCUAAUAUUUAUUCGAACAUUAUCACUUAUAUUAUUAACGGAAAUACAAAGUUGUCUGAUGUGUAAAUUUUCUUUUAAAGAGGUUUUUAAAUGUUAUAACCGUCAUCUGUUCGUAUGCGUCGCCACGGUGUACCACUUACAAAAAUGUAGCCAGCACUAGUUGGCAUCAUUCAUGUUUGGUUAUGUUUCUUCCCGUAUAGAGCGCGCACACGUAGUCGAAUAUCGAUAUUGAUAUCUAGCCAUUGCAUGCAACGCGCACUCUCUGUCAAGUGCCGAGUUAACUAAAUUUAAUGGCCUGCACUCUUAUGUGGUGUUAACUAUGACGAUAGUUAUGUAUUAUUUCAGGCUCACAGAUUUUGUUUUUAUAUGUAAAGUUGAAAAGUUUUUGUUGCAUGACCUAUUAAUUUAAAUAGUUUGGCUUGUUUUUGUAUACUUUACUUUUUAAAUAAACGUACUUUCCAUGAA